AAAGUUGAUUGGCGUGGUUGUCUGCGCCGAAUACAGGAACAGGCUGUCGGUGUGUAAUCCUCGGUUCUUGUGUACAGUAAAUAGCGAGGUCGAAGGUUGGUUGUGCAGUGUGAUAUGGCUUCUAACUACAAGAAACCAUCGUUAGGAGUGACAACUCAGAGAAAGAAACCUGUCCCAAAGACUGAGCUCACAGAAGAACAGAAACAAGAAAUCCGAGAAGCUUUCGAUCUUUUUGAUACAGAUGGCACUGGGACCAUCGAUGUUAAAGAGCUAAAGGUUGCCAUGAGAGCAUUGGGAUUUGAGCCGAAAAAGGAAGAAAUCAAGAAAAUGAUUGCUGAUAUUGAUAAAGAAGGCACUGGAAAAAUAGCUUUCAGUGAUUUUAUGUGUGCAAUGACACAGAAAAUGGCUGAAAAGGAUUCCAAAGAAGAGAUAAUGAAGGCAUUCAGAUUAUUUGAUGAUGAUGAAACAGGAAAGAUAUCCUUUAAAAACCUGAAACGGGUGGCUAAGGAGCUUGGUGAAAACCUUACAGAUGAAGAAUUGCAGGAAAUGAUAGAUGAAGCUGAUCGAGAUGGAGAUGGCGAAGUCAAUGAGCAAGAAUUUCUUAGAAUAAUGAAGAAGACAAGUUUAUACUGAAUUC